GACCAAAAAAAAGUAAAUCUCGGCAAAGUAAAUUGAUUUGGGAUUUUACUGUUGACUUCCCUUGCCCAGUUACGCGAACCGGAGAGAGUGAACAGAAGAAGAAGCAUAACGCAUACGAACGAUAGGGAAGAGUAACCACCCAAACCCUAAAAUCAAAAUCACGUCAUUUUGUUCGUGAAUUUUCCAAUAGAAACCACAGAGACAAAAUCUUCCAACAGUUUCAUUCUUUUGGUAUUCACAGUUCUCGAGUAUGGCGGCUGCAAUGGUAGCAGAGCCGAAAAAGGCACCACGGCCGGGGAAAGGAGGAUUCGAAGGCCACGGCCUCACCGAAGAAGAAGCACGUGUACGCGCCAUUGCAGAGAUUGUAAACUCCAUGGUUGAUCUAUCUCAUAAAGGCCACAAAGUUGAUCUCAACGCUCUCAAAUCCGCCGCGUGCCGUAAAUACGGCCUCUCACGUGCGCCCAAACUUGUUGAGAUGAUUGCUGCUUUACCUGACUCCGAACGAGAGGUUCUUCUUCCCAAACUCCGAGCCAAACCUAUCCGAACUGCUUCUGGAAUAGCUGUUGUUGCUGUUAUGUCAAAGCCUCAUCGUUGCCCUCACAUCGCCACCACCGGUAAUAUUUGUGUUUACUGCCCCGGUGGUCCUGACUCUGAUUUUGAAUAUAGUACUCAGUCUUAUACUGGUUAUGAACCUACCAGUAUGCGUGCAAUUCGAGCUCGGUAUAACCCUUAUGUGCAGACAAGAAGUAGGAUAGAUCAGCUUAAGCGUUUAGGUCACAGUGUAGACAAGGUUGAGUUUAUAUUAAUGGGUGGAACUUUCAUGUCGCUUCCAGCGGAUUAUCGUGAUUACUUUAUAAGGAAUCUUCAUGAUGCGUUGUCUGGACACACAUCUGCCAAUGUAGAAGAGGCGGUGACUUACUCUGAGCAUAGUGCAACCAAGUGUAUUGGCAUGACAAUUGAAACGAGGCCAGAUUAUUGUCUUGGGCCUCACUUGCGACAAAUGCUUAAUUACGGUUGUACACGAUUGGAGAUUGGAGUCCAAAGCACCUAUGAGGAUGUUGCCCGUGACACUAAUAGAGGACAUACUGUUGCUGCUGUAGCUGAUUGUUUUUGCCUGGCUAAAGAUGCCGGUUUCAAGGUAGUUGCUCACAUGAUGCCCGAUCUUCCAAAUGUUGGCGUUGAAAGGGACAUGGAAAGUUUCCGAGAAUUUUUUGAAAGUCCUUUGUUUAGAGCAGAUGGACUUAAAAUAUACCCCACUCUUGUUAUACGUGGAACUGGGCUUUAUGAGCUCUGGAAAACUGGCAGGUAUAGAAAUUAUCCACCUGAGCAACUUGUGGACAUCAUAGCAAGGAUCCUUUCAAUGGUACCUCCGUGGACACGUGUUUAUAGAGUACAGCGGGAUAUUCCGAUGCCUUUGGUUACCUCUGGGGUUGAGAAAGGGAAUCUAAGGGAGCUAGCAUUAGCUCGAAUGGAAGACUUGGGAUUAAAAUGCCGUGAUGUCCGGACCAGAGAAGCGGGAAUCCAGGAUAUUCAUCACCAAAUUAAGCCAGAAGAGGUGGAGCUUGUUCGUCGUGAUUAUAUGGCAAAUGAAGGUUGGGAAACAUUUCUGUCAUAUGAAGAUACACGGCAGGAUAUCCUCGUUGGUUUGUUGCGACUGAGAAAAUGUGGCCGAAACACUACUUGUCCAGAGCUUAUGGGCAAGUGUUCUAUAAUUCGUGAGCUCCAUGUUUAUGGAACUGCUGUACCAGUUCAUGGACGGGACUCUGACAAGCUACAACACCAGGGUUAUGGUACGCUUCUUAUGGAGGAGGCUGAGCGGAUUGCUCGGAAAGAACACAGAUCAACUAAGAUAGGUGUAAUUUCAGGGGUUGGCACACGCCAUUACUACCGAAAAUUGGGAUAUGAGCUUGAAGGGCCUUACAUGGUGAAAUAUCUAAUGUAAUAAUAAUAAAAAAUUACUAAUGGUUAUUCGCCAUGUAAUUUUGUAGCAUGUGUUGGUGAUUUGUUUUUUAUGCUUAUCAUACGGCAUUCAUAUUUUUGCUCAAUGGUUCCAUCACCUCCCAUUCUCUCCUUGCUAGUACUGCGGAUUAAGAUACUCGUUUUUGUAGUUCGGUAGUUUUCUGUCAAACUUUAAUAGAUUACCUUGCAUUCGCGCCUA